UUUCGGUCCCUGGAGGAAGGGUGUCACCGAGCAGUAGACGGGUUAAUAUGUGACACUUGUUUUUGCUGUCACUUGGAAGAUAAAACAGUUUACUGAAUUUUAUUUUUGUCUGUGUGUCGGUGGAGAAUCUAAAGCGCUAAGGAAUAUAAAGUUUGCUUCGAAGUUGCAGAUGCAGGAGGUAAGUGAGGCCAGCAACUUGGAUGAUGAUAUGGUGGAUGGAGACCUGGGUGAUGGCAUGGGAGUCAGAGCAGCACCCAACUCUACAAGGAAGAAGAGUCAAAGCGUUGCUGGUGUCACAGAGAUCCUGCUGCCUGGAGCAGAGCGGCAUAGGAACAGUAGCCAGACAGGAGAUGCUGUCUGGAUCCCUGGUCUGAAGACUGCAGAGACACAGCAGAGAGCCCGCUGGAAGCUGCCAUGCUCUGCAGGCUCCCUAGCUGAGCUGUCCAAAGACGAGCUGAAAGAGAGACUACAGGAAGCAACUGAGGUGAUAGAUGUACUGUGCUGUGAGCUGGAGGUGGCACGUCGGUACCUUGAAGGCAAAUAUGAAGCUCUGAAGAUCUUACAAGGGAAGGCCAUUCUUGACAAAGCCACGAGUCACACUAAAAGUCUGUUGCAGAAAAGUGAGGAGAAGGCCAAAGGUCUGGAGAAGGAGGUGAACAGCUUGCAGUGGGAACUCAGCUUCAACCAGGUCCAGAUGAAGAAGUCUCAGCAGUCCUGGGAGCAGACAUACAAUAGAAUUUUGAGUGAGAACAAGACUGUGACUGCCAACCUGGAGGAAAGAGAGAGUGAGAUCCAGCAGCUCCGAGCAGAAAAUUCAGCUCUAAGUCGGCAGUACUUGGAGCUUCUUUCCAUGUUGAAUAUGAAGGAGCAGAGAGCUUACCAAGAAACCAAACCUCAAUACAGCCCAGAGAGAGAUGCAAGUGUUCUGGAGAUGGCAGUGUUGGGGGCCUGUCGGUGUCUUGGUAUCACUGAAGCUUGUCCAUGCAGUCGGACUGCUGCUGCCAGCAGAAAGCAGCUUAUCCAGCUACAACAGGAGCUUGAUGCUCAGCGUUCGAGGAGAGAGGAGGCAGUAAUGGUUGCAGAUGCUUUUCGCAUCGCCUUUGAACAGCAGCUGAGGAAACGAAGCGAGCACUUCCUGCUGCUGGCCGAGGCCAACAUUCUGAAGUCCCAUCACUGUAGGGCUGAAGGUGUUAACGGGAGUCCUCUAAUCAGUGUAAGCCAGAGGUUGAGACGAUUGCUGCCCUCCAGUUUAGAGGUGAAGAUGCCUGAUGAUCUUUUAGAGACUCUCUACAGACUGCUGGACUUGCUGAAUGACAAGGAGGAGGCCCUGGCCCACCAGCGGAAGGUGAGCAUCAUGUUAGCCCACAGUGCUGAGGAGCUGCAGAGACAGUUGCAUCUAGAUUCACAUUGCAGGCCAUCAGAUCCGUCACAGUCAAGGAUUUCAUCAAAACAACCGCAAGACCCAUCAGAGAGACAGUCUCUGCAAACAUAUGAUACAUCGGAGUCCAACAUCCAAGCACAGCAACAUGUAGAGCUGCCAGACCUCCAGCUUCAGCCAAGACAACCAUCAUGUCUGCCAGAGUCCACAACUAAACCACAGGAGUCUUGAUCCACCCAUGGGAUCUCCAUACCUCAGGCACAGAAGUUGGGGUUUCAUUCUAAAAGGACAUAAGAAGAUGUGGCUGUAGCAUCUGUGCUGUCACACAGAGGCUGAAUCUGAAGGUAUGGUAUGAAAGUGUAUGAUUUGACCGCUAUUAGCUACUAAAUACCCAAAUGUGGUCCCCAAAGAGGAAGGGCAAUAGAACUGGGUGGGACAACAAAUUGGCAACUGCUGAAACACCCAGCUCCACAAACACAGGUUUUACAGUGAGAUUCAAAUUUACAAGAUAGUGUUUGAAGCACCAAGCAUAUGAAGAUACAGGUGUCCAUUAUCAACUUCCCAAACCUUGUGAAGGUUCUUAAAGUAGGUGUUACUAAUAUAAAAUCAGGUCAUCAGGUUUUAAAGUUAAAAAUUGUUUUAAUAGUUAGAAGAAAAUUCUCACCAGUUUUCGUGGUUUUUUACUUUGAAAAUCAUAAGCGAAGACCAGUCAUGAGUGGCUAGUGUAGGAGAAGGAAGGGUUCCUGUUCAUGUCUGAUUUAAUGGUCCAGUGUGUAAUUAAUGAAAUAUAAUAUCUAUACCAUAGGUAUGUUUUGCAUAAACACCUGGAAAUAAAUGUACUUUAUUGCACCUUUCUCGACUACACAAGGCGCUGUACACUAAAGGUAGUGGCUGCAAUGCAAUGUGCCAACUGCUCACCAGAACGGAAACUAAGCAUUCACACACAGUCAUACACCGAUGCACAGCAUCGGUAUAUGCUUUGGGGUUCAGUAUCUUGCUCAAGGACACUUCGAUGUGCAGCGAGAGGAGCCAGAGAUCGAACCGCCAACCUUCCAAUUAGUGGAUGACCCGCUCUACCUCUGAGCCACAGCCACCCACAAGUAAGAAUUGUUGUGAAUCUACAAACCAAACACUUGCUCUAAAUAGGACCUUUCACAUUUUUUUGCGAAUUAAACUGCCACCUCCUACAUGCUUGUAAGGCUGAGUUAAAGGCAAAUGGUUGCAGCAGGUUCACCUUUAGAUGCCUCUAAAUCCUACACACUGGUCUUUUGAGGAAAGAAAGGACAAUCAGCCUCCAUGUCCUUACCAGGACACAGUGAGAGAUAUGAAAAUUGCUGGCUGGUCUGUGAAUCUUUGACUAAGUUUACAAUAUAAUUUAUUAGAGUUAAGAAAUUAAUUAUAAGUACUGAAGUAUUACUAGUAAUCAUACUUAUUUUGUAGAAAAUUGACCCCAGUAAAAGAUUACAUCAUUAAUACUGAUUCAUCUGUGCAUAAGAAGCACUUAACUGUUGUACUUUGUUAAGGUCGAACUAGUUUAUUGCUUUUUAUACCAUGGUCUGGAUAAAUACUUUGUCAGAUUGGCUGCAGGGUGUCUGAUGUAGGACACUUACCAGGUAGUUCCAGUGAAAGUGUCUGUUUACCCUUCCUAAUUAAUAUGCUGAAAUAGACUAAAUGAAAACUAAAUCUGAAUAUCUCAAUAAUAUAUCUAAGUGUUGUCCUUCAGUGUCUUAUCCUCUGAACACCACAGGAUGGACCCUGUAAUACACAAACCCCUACACUCUGAACUUACCGACUAUUUUAAGCAGUUCAGUCACUUCCUGAAAAUCUCUGCAGACUUUCACAGUAAAAUACAUCAAUAAAAAAAUGCAUAAUACAGACAGAUGAUUGUAUAAAAAGUUCCUAAAACGAUCAGUAAAUCUGAUAUCUGAUGCUUACUGCAGAUAAUCUGCUCAAUAUCCAUCGAAAUUGUUCUUUUUACACAAACAUGUAGUUUCUGUUUGGACUCAUUGUGUUCUCUGGGCAUGGCCACCAUUUCACAGCUUCAGUCUAAACUUAAUGUGAACAAGGUAGGUUACAGAGGGUCAGCAGAACUGACAUUUAUGCUAGUAUCAUAGUCCUUCUUCCUUUAGUCUCUUUAGCACUCACAGAAGGUACUGCUCAUGUUCCUUAUCAAGUGAUAACAUCAUUGAGGUAGACCACAACUUCCAGCAGGUUCAUAUCACCAACAGUCUUCUCCAUAAAUUGUUGAAAUGUGGCAGGUGUCCAAUUCCCUGCGCCAUUCAUUCAAAUGGAUAAAAUCCUGCUUGGCAGAUGAAUGCAGUUUUUUGUUUAUCAGCAGCAGUUAAAUGGAUCUGAUAAUAACCACUUCUUAGUUCAAGCAUGCUGAACCACUGGCAGGACAGGACAUCUUCCACACAAGGGGCUGUGUAUUGUUCUCCUGUUUAACCUCCUAUAUGGAUGUAUCUGACCCAAAACCAUGGAUAUAAAUUGGCAUCUCUUUACUGUCAGAGAGAGAAAGCUGAGACAGAUCCUGACCAAAUACAUAUUCAGUGACCACAGUCUCACAAUAGAGAAAGACAACACAAGAAGUCCUGGCUACAGAGGAAAGAGUCGGUGGCCGCUGUAUGACAGUUGAGGUGGAGACAGAGAUGCCCUUCCUCUUAAAAUGUGAAAAAUAUAACAAUAUCAGAUUGGAAAAUUAAAUUGAAUUCAGUAAUUCCAAACUUUUAUUUAAAAUGACCAUGAAAAACAACUGCUUCUAUUAGGAGAGGGAUGCAGUUAGCUGCACAAUAUGUGACUGCAUGUCACAAACUAAGGGACAGUAAUAAAAAUGUCAUAACUGAAUGUGACAAGUUAGAAUCUCAAUCUUAUUAUAAAUAAAUAUGGAACACACACACACACACACACACACACACAUUGUCUUGUAAUUUUUUAUUAUUUUAUUUUACUCAGUGAAUUGCAUUCUUUAUUAAUUGUAUUUUUUCUUUUUUUUUCAUUUUACCAAUGGAUUGGCAAUAUUGUUUCUGACAUUUAGUGAGUAGUGGUGAGAGUAUGAGGUGAUUUUGCAGCACUGAAGGAUCAUUUGCUGUAAAAAAUCAUCAUAAGCAGCAUAAGAAAGUACAUAACUAUUUGUGUCUUUCACUGUAUAUGUGUAUCUGAAAGAGACUGAAAUAUAUGUGAAUCAUCUGUAAAUAAAGCAAUAUCGCCCGCCCCCUCCUGGUUAGGCCCAAUCAAUAAAAAACAGUGGGCAUGUAGAUAAUAAAACCCCAUAUAAUCCUUGUGUUCUACAGAGAUUCCUUCCCCAUUCCUUCAUUGUUUUCCUGCUGUAUGUGUAAAAAUUAAUUAAAUGAUUUUAAAAUC